AUGGAGGGUGGUGGUGGUUCUAUUGCUUCUUUGUGCCCCAUGAUGAUGAUGAUGAUGCCGCCUUCUAGCAACGACCAAGACAACAACAAUAGCAAUCAGAAUAACAACCCCGGUUCAGGCGAGGCUUCCGCAGGUUAUUUCAUGGAUAACAACAACAAUGGCGGCGGCGGCGGCGGUGGCGGUGGGGAGGAGGGGAAGUGUUCUUCUUCUUCUUCUUCUGUGAAGGCCAAGAUCAUGGCGCAUCCUCACUACCACCGCCUCCUGGCCGCCUAUCUCAACUGCCAGAAGAUUGGAGCUCCUCCGGAGGUGGUGGCCAGGUUGGAGGAAGCUUGCGCCUCCAUGGCCGCCAUGGGCCGUACCGGCGGCAGCUGUCUCGGUGAAGAUCCGGCGCUUGACCAGUUCAUGGAGGCUUACUGUGAAAUGCUCACAAAAUAUGAACAAGAACUCUCCAAACCCUUCAAGGAAGCCAUGCUUUUCCUCUCAAGGAUUGAAUCCCAGUUCAAGGCUCUCACCCUUCCUUGUUCCUCUGAAUCUGCAGGUGCUGAUGCAAUGGACAGAAAUGUUUCGUCUGAAGAGGAGGUUGAUGUGACGACGGGUUUCAUAGACCCUCAGGUAGAAGACCGGGAACUGAAAGGUCAACUUCUGCGCAAAUACAGUGGAUACCUGGGAAGCCUCAAGCAAGAGUUCAUGAAGAAGAGAAAGAAGGGGAAGCUCCCCAAGGAAGCCAGACAACAAUUGCUCGAUUGGUGGACCCGACAUUACAAAUGGCCAUAUCCUUCGGAAUCCCAGAAGCUGGCACUUGCUGAAUCUACGGGACUAGACCAGAAGCAAAUCAAUAACUGGUUUAUCAACCAGAGGAAGCGCCACUGGAAGCCCUCGGAAGACAUGCAGUUUGUGGUUAUGGACACCGCUCAUCCCCAUUACUACAUGGACAACGUGCUUGGCAAUCCUUUCUCGAUGGAUAUCACACCAACUCUCCUUUGAGCCCGAAGAGGAAUGCUCGAGGAGCUGAGGUUGCUGCGCGUGCUGUUUGGGUUUGUGAUAUUAAAUUACUCCGUUAUAUAUAUUAUAUUAUAUGUAAGUAGGGUUGCAUGCUUCCUAUAUCUAUCUGUAUCUGUCAGCCAUUGCAUACUACCUGGUAUGCUUGUAUUGUGCAUUGCUAUCAACCUAAACAUUUGACUCGGUUCUAUAUUCAACUAGAUGGUAUAAUAAUUAUAGUUGCUGGGGUAUAUUUUUUACCAGUUUGGUA